AUGAUUCCAAUAUUACCAUUUCUCUAUUUGGGAGACAGGGAUGACAUAGAUCAUGUUGAAAAUCUUAAAGAGAAUAACGUACAAGCGCUGGUAAUAUGUUGCACUUAUUUCGAGUUCCCCGAAGAUAAAGUCCCAAAUGGGUUUGCGGAAUUACGAGUUAAUUUGGAAGACAUAGGAAUGGAACAAAUAUCUUCCUAUUUUGAGGAAUCCAAUAAUUUCAUUCAUUCGUAUAUUAAGAAGGAGCAGGGGGUUCUCAUCUCAUGCUGCCAAGGGAUCAGCAGAUCGUCCACGAUGUCGAUAGCCUAUCUGAUGGGAAAGCAGAAUUUUUGCCUCAUCGAAGCAUUCAACUUUAUAAUGGAGAAGAAGACCAUCUGCCCGAACAUUGGGUUUAUUGAGCAGCUGUGUGACUAUGAAAAAGUUUUAAAGAACAAAAUUACCUUUUCCUCCAAGAAGUACAUAAACUGGUUUACCUCCGAGAUGUGUGACAACAACGUAAUGACGGAUUUCAGUAUGGAGUGCAAAAAGAACACCACGUAGAUUUUCGUUUUAACAGCGGUCGUUUCGAGUAGUGCCUAAUCGUGGGCCACUCUACUUACAGAGGUAGCGAGGCUUAAUUUCUUUUGCCCCGUUCGAGCGAACAGCGGGUUGUCUGCGCAAGCAUGUGGAGGGACACACACGUCCAGAUAUAUGCGCACGUGCGUAUAAAUUUAUCAGCUCGUUCACGUAAAGGUAAAGGUGAGGUGAGGAGGGGACCCCCAUUUUUGAUUCAUUUGAAUAGGCCCCCCUUUUCUCUUUAAAUGAGCAGCUAGCGUGUGCGUCUUUCCUCUUUGAUUUGUUCUCCGGAAGGGCGUACAAAUGUACGUAUAUAUAUUUAUAAAUAUAUAGUUAUAUAUAGUUAUGCAUAUGGAAGGUUCAGCAGCAAUUUUCGCUUCUCCCUUCUGCCCCCUUUUUUUUCUCAAAUAUAUGCUUUACCCUAAUUAGAAUA